AUGAAAAAAAAGAACUUUGAUGAUGAUAUCAGAUUCAAGGUCAAAUAGAGAUAUGCAACAAUAUCAGAAUGGGCAUUUAAGACAAUCGAAUCUGAAAGAGUACCAGAAUCAAGAGCCAAGUCAUUAUAUAGUGGGCCUGUAAAAGUUCCAAAUCAAGCGAUGUAUUUAUUGCAUAACCCGUAACAUCAAAUAAGUAUACUUAGAUUUAAGAGUAUUGAUAAAAAGAAACCCAGACUUGCUAUCUCUCAAUAAUCUACUAUAUAGCAAUCAUCAAAAAUUUAUAGAAAAUUCAUUGACCCAAAUUAGAUUACCAGAUCGCUUGAUUACUCUGAUUUAGCAGAUUCUUAAACAAAUACAACAAAGAAAAAGGUGCUGUAAAAUCAAAGACUCAAAAAAUAAUUUUAAGUAAUUCAUAAUCGGAUGAAAUUAAUUUUGGAUUCCUACAAAAAUAGAGAACGAGUUCUGUUGAAGUAUAUUGCCUCUUUGCAACAGGAGAUUAUUGCUCUCAAAUAAACUCGGUAUUAAACAAUAUGA